AUGAAUAUGUUUGGACUAAACACACACAAAUCCUAUUUUAUUUUUCUUCUUCUUGUAUCUAUGGGACUAUUUUCAUAUUCAGUUCAUUCCAUGAGAUUUGAAUUACCAUAUGGUAAAUCUGCAAGAUGCUUCACCGAAGAAAUCAAUAAGAAUUCGAUGGUAGUUGGAAAGUACUCCAUCGUCGAUCAUAACAAGUUGCCUCCUAACUACACUAUCUCUGUUGAGGUGUCUACUCAUGGAGAUAGGCCAGAAAUAUUUCAUUUUGCAGAGAAUAUUCAAUUAGGGCAAUUUUCAUUUAUGGCAUAUACAAGUGAACAAUACUUUGUAUGUUUUUUGGAUACAACUCAUGAUCCCAAAGUUACACUGUCUAUUGAUUUUGAGAUGAAAACUGGAGUCAAAACCUUGGAUCGCCUCAAUAUUUUAAAGAGAGCUCAAAUUGAUGUAAUGGCACGUGAGAUACAAAUUUUACAUGAAACAGCAUUAUCCAUACAUGAGGAGAUGUCUUAUCUUUUGCAUAGAAAUACAGAAAUGCUAGAGCUUAACUGGAUAACCGACCAUAGAAUGUUCUUGUGGAUUUUUGUUUCAUUUUUCGUCACCUUCUUAGUAACUGGAUUACAGCAAUGGCAUUUGAAGACCUUUUUUAGGAAAAAGAAACUCAUAUAG